CAAACGAACCAACAAGAAAACACAAAAUCUCAUUUCCUUCAACAAAAACAGCGAUUUUGCGAGAGCAGAGAGAGAGAGAGAGAGAGAGAGAGAAAGAGAUCUGAUAAUCACCUCAGCAGAUAUUGAGCAGCAACCAUGGGGAAGGAUCUGAGCGAUGACCAAGUGGCGUCGAUGAAGGAGGCAUUUACUCUCUUCGACACAGACGGUGAUGGUCGUAUCGCCGCAUCGGAGCUUGGGAUCCUGAUGCGAUCUCUCGGUGGGAACCCCACACAAGCGCAGCUCAAAGAGAUCGUCGCACAGGAGAAUCUCACCUCCCCCUUCGACUUCCCACGCUUCCUCGAGUUGAUGAAGAAACACAUGAAACCCGAGCCUUUCGAUCGCCAGCUCCGUGACGCUUUCAAGGUACUCGACAAGGAUUCCACCGGUUACGUCUCCGUCUCCGAACUCCGCCACGUCCUUACCAGCAUCGGCGAGAAGCUUGACCCUGCCGAAUUCGAUGAGUGGAUUCGUGAGGUCGAUGUUGGAUCCGAUGGUAGAAUCAAAUACGAAGACUUCAUCGUUCGCAUGGUCGCCAAAUAAUGUAAUGCAUGUUGUUUCUGUUGAUAUAUACAAAUCUUCUCCCUAAUCGAUUAAUUCCUGCAAGUAGUCUGUAUUCUGUAAGCUCUGCUUUCUUUUGUGAUGUUUUUUCUGGUUCGGGCUUAGGGUAUCUUCCUUUCUUUAUGAUUUUUAAUAGGAGUGGUGGUGUUUGCGGAUUUUCCCCCCUAUCGCAAAUGUUGUUGCUGGUUCUUUUGGGGAUGGUUAAUUGGCGAUUGAACUAUUGGCAAUUAACAGAAAAAAUUUGAGGCAUUUUACUUUUU